AUGGCGGCACUUCCGGACGUUGCCUCCAUCCCCAUCCCUCUGGUGGCAACCCUAGGCAUUGCCCCUCUAAUUUUCUAUCUCGCCCUUGAUAGAAUAGGUCCCUUGUGGCCAAAUUCCAAAGCUUUCCUGAUUGGCAAGAAGAACCCGGAGACCGUGACAUCGUUCGAGUGCCCAUAUGCCUACAUCCGUCAGAUCUAUGGGAAGUAUCACUGGGAGCCAUUCGUACAGAAGCUGUCUCCGAGGCUCAAGGAUGAGGAUCCGGCGAAAUAUAAGAUGGUGCUGGAGAUAAUGGAUGCAAUCCACCUGUGUCUGAUGCUAGUUGACGAUAUAACUGACAAUAGCGACUAUCGAAAAGGCAAGCCAGCAGCUCACCGAAUAUAUGGCCCUUCAGAGACAGCAAAUCGCGCUUACUACCGAGUCACCCAGAUUCUCAACAAGACCGUGCAAAAGUUCCCAAAGCUGGCCAAGUUCCUGCUCCAGAAUCUGGAAGAAAUCCUCGAAGGCCAAGACCUGUCACUAAUCUGGCGACGGGAUGGACUGGGUAGCCUUUCAACUGUUCCUGAGGAGCGAGUUGCAGCCUAUCGCAAAAUGGCGUCAUUGAAAACAGGGGCGUUAUUCCGGCUGCUGGGGCAAUUGGUGAUGGAGGACCAAUCGAUGGACGGGACGAUGACUACUCUUGCUUGGUGCUCUCAGCUGCAGAAUGACUGCAAGAAUGUCUACUCAUCCGAAUAUGCCAAGGCCAAAGGGGCGCUUGCCGAAGACCUGCGAAAUCGAGAGCUCUCGUUUCCUAUUAUCCUCGCGCUGGAAGCUCCCGAAGGGCAUUGGGUCGCCAGUGCUUUGGAGACCAGCUCACCGCGCAAUAUUCGAAAGGCGCUUGCUGUGAUCCAGAGUGAGAGAGUGCGCAAUGCUUGUUUCAAGGAGCUCAAGUCGGCGAGUGCUUCGGUCCAGGACUGGCUGGCUAUCUGGGGACGGAAUGAGAAGAUGAAUUUAAAGAGUCAGCAGACAUAG